AUGGAAAACGAUGGUAAAGAACUUGAAGACCUAGACGUCCAGCUUGUAUCGCAGAGUUCAUUGGAAAAUAAGAUUGAAGCAGAUGCCCAGACACUUUUGGAUCAAGAAUCGAUUGAUCGAGAGCAAUCAAGGUUAGAUAAAUGCUUAGAAGCUUUGAAAAGACUCACUACUAAGAGAGAAGUACUGAGGCGAAAAGAACGAACUGCAACUAGAAUAAGUGUCCGUGGAAAAUUAAAUGAGCAGAUCAUAGCAUUGGAGAAUGAGGAUAUUCAACCGCUUAUCAAGGAUAUAAAAGAUAUUAAGGGACGUUUAAGUGAACUUGAGAGAUCCAAAAACAGCAAAGUCGAAACUGGGUCGGAUGGUCGGAAGUCUGGAGAGUCAGAGAAAGACUAUCUGAUAAGAACAGGACAAAUCACAGCGUUUGGAACAAAAUCAGAAUUUUCUAUAGAUAACGAUGUACCCGUGGAAGAAACAGAAGAGUUUGCGGAAGGCCAAUUGUUGAGUAAUAUUAGUGACAAAGAAGAAGAGUCAGAUAACUAUGAUGAAGGUGAUGAGUACUUGGAAGGAGAAGGUUCCUUUGGCGAAGAUAACACAACGGCUAGUGGCGACUUUGAUGAGACUGAUGUUUUGGAUCAUACUAAAGACGAUGGCGAUGAAUCUUACUACAAAAGAAGGCUUACCAAGUGGAUCGCUGAGAGAAGUUCUAAGAGAUCAAAAGAUAAUGAACCUGAAAAGCAUGAGUGGCUGAAACCACAUCCAGGUAUCCCAGAUGCCAAACUCAAUAACGAUUUUAAGAUCCCUGGAGAUAUUUUCCCUUUGCUGUUUAACUACCAAAAAACCUGCGUGCAAUGGCUUUAUGAAUUAUACCAGCAGAAUUGUGGUGGUAUAAUUGGAGACGAGAUGGGUCUAGGUAAAACAAUCCAAAUCAUUUCAUUUUUAGCUUCGCUCCACCAUUCGGGCAAGCUUGAUGGGCCUAUUAUUAUUGUGUGCCCAGCAACAGUUAUGAAGCAAUGGUGUAACGAAUUUCAUACCUGGUGGCCACCUUUUAGAGUGAUCAUACUUCACUCGAUCGGAGCGGGAAUGAUCAAGAAAGAAACUUUGAAUGAGGAACAACUUGAAAAUUUGUUAAUGAAUUCAGAUCCCCAGGAAUUAUCCUAUGAUUCUUACGCUAAUUCUAAUCGCACAAAAAGUGCAAUGGAGUCAUCGAUGGCUAGAGACCGCUUAUUAAGUAAAGUUAUAACUGAUGGGCAUGUCUUGAUAACUACUUAUGUCGGAUUAAGGCUUCAUUCUGAUAAACUUCUUAAAACAAAUUGGAGCUACGCUGUUUUAGAUGAAGGCCACAAAAUUCGAAAUCCUGACUCGGACAUUUCUUUGACAUGUAAGCAGCUACGGACAAAGAACAGAAUUAUUUUAUCUGGUACACCAAUACAAAACAAUUUGACAGAGCUGUGGAGUCUCUUUGACUUCAUAUAUCCUGGCAGACUGGGCACUUUGCCUGUCUUUCAGCAACAAUUUGCAAUCCCCAUCAAUAUGGGAGGCUAUGCAAAUGCAACUAAUAUUCAAGUUCAAACAGGUUAUAAAUGUGCGGUGGCUUUACGCAAUUUGAUUUCUCCAUAUUUAUUGCGAAGAAUUAAGGCUGAUGUUGCCAAAGACCUACCCAAGAAGAAUGAAAUGGUACUAUUUUGUAAGUUGACGCAAUAUCAACGUAACAAAUACAUACAAUUCCUAAAAUCUGACGAUUUAGUGAAAAUUAAAAAUGGGAAACGACAGGUAUUGUAUGGUAUCGAUAUUCUUCGAAAAAUUUGUAACCAUCCCGAUCUUCUCGAACGUGAUAGGAAACAAAAUGAUUCGUCUUACGGGGAUCCAAAAAGAUCGGGGAAAAUGCAGGUUGUGAAGCAACUAUUGAUGUUAUGGCAUCAGCAGGGACAUAAAACCUUACUUUUUGCGCAAUCUCGUCAAAUGUUGGAUAUAUUAGAGCGAUUUAUAAACUUUAUGGAGCCUGAACUAAGUGAGCUGAAUUGUCUACGAAUGGAUGGAACUACCAACAUAGCUAAUAGGCAAACAUUAGUUGAUCAGUUCAACAACGGGCCAUAUGAUGUUUUCCUUUUAACAACGAGGGUUGGCGGGUUAGGGGUUAACUUGACUGGUGCUAACAGGAUUAUAAUAUUUGAUCCUGAUUGGAAUCCAUCGACAGACAUGCAAGCACGUGAAAGAGCGUGGAGGAUAGGUCAGAAGAGAGAGGUCACAAUUUAUAGGUUGAUGAUAGCUGGAUCAAUAGAAGAAAAGAUUUAUCAUCGUCAAAUUUUUAAACAGUUCCUGACCAAUAGAAUUUUGAAUGACCCGAAACAAAAGCGAUUUUUCAAGAUGAAUGAGUUGCAUGAUUUAUUUACAUUAGGAGGGGAAGGAGGACUUUCAAAUGAAGACUUUGAAAAUGAAAUAUCAAAGCAAACAGAAGUAAUUAAAAAAUCACGCAGUGACGAAAGCGAUGAUUUUGAAAAGGUGGUUCAAAUUUCUGGUGUCUCAAAGUUGGAAGGAUUUUAUAACGGCAAGGAGAAUGAGGAGAAAAGUAAAGAUGAUGAGGAGAGACUAAUGGACGGCAUUCUCGGAGGAAGUGUUGAAGAGAUCAAAUCGCAUAAUUCCAUCGUGGAAUCUCAUUCAAAACCAUCUUCGGACAUUAUUGCAAAGGAAGCUGCCAGAGUUGCAGAGCAGGCCAUGGCGGCCCUCCGAAAGUCGAGGAACAUCACUAAGAAAUACGAGAUUGGCACGCCGACUUGGACGGGAAAGUUUGGGGCAGCGGGAAGGAUCAAGAAAAGGAGGCCUGGUUUGCCUUCUGGUUCGGCAGCUAUACUUGCGAGCAUACAGAAAGCUCCAAAGAAGGCUUCAGCAGUAAAUUCAGAUAAUUUCCAGGGAGAAGUGGACAAUAAUAAAAACUUAAUUUUGAGGAUGCAAAAUUAUUUAAAUUCAACUGGUGGGUUCUCAAGGUCUGCAGAUAUAAUAAGUCAUGUGGGCUUGCAACUAACUCAGAGAGAGGAUAUUGCGAAAGCACGAGCUUUGCUGAAGGAGAUAGCGGUUUUCGAUAAAAAAAAGCGUGGUUGGAUGUUAAAAGAUGAAUUUAUCAAUUAA